AUGCCUGGGAAGUACGACUUCGUCGUCGUGGGCGCCGGCCCUGUAGGGCUUAUGUUCUCUGCCUGUCUUGCCCGUCUCGGCUCCUAUAAGAUCAAGCACAUCGACAACCGCGCCGAGCCGACGGCCAUCGGCCGAGCGGACGGGAUCCAGGCACGCACACUGGACGUGCUGAAGAGUAUGGACUUGAAGAGGCCUAUCUGGGCCUUCAGGCCGGGUCUCAUUUACGAAGUCGCCUUCUGGGGCGCCACUCCCGACGGACAGGGCAUUCAACGUAUAGGCACCACCAAGAGCUACCCCGAGCAUGUCGACACCCGCUACCCGUUCACCACGGCUCUGCACCAAGGUCGUAUUGAAGGUGUCUUCCUUGCUGACCUCCGCUCGCGGGGCGUCGAGGUCCAGCGGCCGUGGACGAUCCGUGCGGCCACGUACCGUGGGCCGGGCGUCGAGUACCCCGUUGACGUCGAGCUGGUCAGCGUGGAUGGUACGGCCGUGGAGAAGCUACAGACCAAGUAUCUAUUCGGAGCCGAUGGCGCACACAGUGCGGUGCGCAAACUAUUGAGCAUUCCCAUGAUCUAUAAAGAUCCAACCGUUCACGUGUGGAGUGUGAUUGACGGGGUCGUCAAGACCAAUUUUCCCGAUAUACAGAUCAAAUGCACUGUUCGGACCCCCCGCGGCUCUUGCAUGGUCAUUCCCCAAGGCAACAACCGCAUACGCAUCUACGUCCAGAUAUCGCCCGACGAGAGCAAGAACCUCUCAGCAUCUGCCUCCCCGGAGAGAAUCCAGCACAUGGCCAACGAGAUUUUGAGUCCGUAUCGCGUGGAAUGGGUGUCAGUCGACUGGUACUCCGCCUACCACAUUGGCCAAGGCAUCUCGCAGAAGUACUCACUAGACAACCGCAUUUUCAUCGGCGGUGACGCCUGCCACACGCACAGCCCCAAAGCAGGCCAAGGGAUGAACUACGGCCUCCUCGACGCCCACAACCUAAGCUGGAAGCUCCACCUCGUCGAAUCCAACCUAAUGCGCCGCGAACUACUACACACAUAUGAAGAAGAGCGCCACGCAGCAGCCUCCCGACUGAUCGAGUUCGACGCCACCUACGCCGGCCUCUUCAGCUCGCACAACCCCUCCCAGCAAGCCAACGACGAGUUCGUCCGCAUCUUCCAAGAGAACUCGUUACUGACGAGCGGCUACGGCGUCGAGUAUCCGCCCAGCACGCUGACCGUAGCCAGCCACAACAACAACAACAACAACAACAACAAUAACCCCAUUAUCAUCCCCACGCAUACAAAGCCCCAACCCGGCCGCAGCUUCCCCCCAACAACCGUAACGCGCGUAAUCGACGCCCACGACAUCCCUCUAGAACGCGACGUCCCCUUCAACGGCAGCUUCCACAUAUACAUCUUCGCCGGCCAGCAUCCCCACCAACACAAGGCCCUAACAGACCUAUCCACCCACCUCACCCGCCGAACCUCCCUAUUCUCGCGCAUCCCCCGCACCACAGACACAGAGGUAGUAGACCUCUCCUUCGAAAGCCGGCACAACCCCCACUCACCACUCUACACAUUCUCCAUCAUCUUCAACGCCAUCCGCUCCUCAAUCGACAUCGCCUCCCUGCCGCCGUUUUUCCAACCCUACCGGUACCAUAUCUAUUCGGACGAUGCGCGUCGCCAGCCGGGUGGGCCUGGGGCGGCGCAUAGGAAGUUAGGGUUUGAUCCGCGGGGGGGAGGCGUGGUUGUUGUGCGGCCGGAUGGGUAUGUGGGGUGUGUUUUGGGGUUGGUGGGGGGGAAGGCGACGGGUGAUGCGCUGGAGGGGUAUUUUGGGGGGUGGUUCCGGGGGUUUGUGACCAUCAACCAGUAG